AUGAACCGACCCAAAGCCUCCGACUUCGUCCAAUACAAGAACGCGUUUCUAUUCGCUCCCCGACAAAUCGACUACAGGGUGUUGAAGGGCCUCUUCAAGAGCGGCACCUACUACGCAGCCAGCCCCAUAGGCCUCAAUAAAAACGGACUGGUAUUUUCGAUGCGAAAAAUCCUAGCCGUGUGCGUACUUAGCGCUUACGUGAUGGGAAGUCUGCUCACGAUGGAUUUCGUGCCGCACCCUGUAAAUAUGACGUCGGACUUGUACAAGACUUGCGCCCUGUCGUUCGUCAUCAGCUGCAUAUGGACCUCGAAUUUCGUGUACACAAAAAAUUGGGAGAUGUUUUACCGAUAUUUGGAUAAGAUGGAACAAGUUAUGGACGCAUUGAAAUUUGAGGCAGAGGUGACGUAUACGAAGCAACUUCUAGGAGUCUUUCUGAGCUGGUUAUCCUACGCGGCAUUGCAUUCAUACAGAAUCUGGAACUGGAUAGAGCUCAACCUCAUGAACAAUUUCUCGUACUCCUGCGGCCAUUUGGUCACAGUUUUCUUCAUAACGACGAUCUUCACCUACAUAUUUUUCACCGUGAAAUACUUGCACAGGAGGUACAGUUUCAUAAACAAAAAAAUUGAAAAUUUGGCCGAUAACCAUGAAAAUUUCGAUAUGAUAGUGAAAUUUUUGAAAACCGGCGACCGGAUUAGUGAACAGAUGAACAUCAUUUUCGGAUGGCAAUUUUUUCUGUUCGUCAGCUUUAAUGUGGCUUACAUUUUCUGCGUGGUCACUUACUCGCUGUUUUCUCACGUGAGGCCAGACAGGUGGAUGUCCAGCGGCGUACUGGCAGUUUUUUCGACGAUAAUAACGAUAAUCAUCGUCAUGUCGUGCAACAAGGUGGAACGAUGCGGCCUGCAGAUCGUCCAGACUUGCUACACCGCGGUCAAUUCGACAAAGGACGCCCGAACUAAGGAGAAACUCGUCUUGUUGGCGCAGUACGCCGAGGAAUGGCGGCCAAUCUUCUCUGCCGCCGGAUUCUACGACAUCAAUCAGCUCUGCCUGAAUGCUCUUUUCGCGUGCUCCAUAGAUUACCUAGUCAUAGUGGUGCAGUUCAAUAUGAUGCUGUCCUCUUCGCUGCCGCAAUACAAGAGGUUCUAG